UGCUUGUUCCUGCUUUGAGCCAUUUAUUUUCUUCUCCUUUUUUCCCCCUGCAGAGGGGCAGGAGGAGUGAUCGGUCUGUGCUCUGCCUAAGCUAAAUGUUGCCCUUGAAACAGAGCGCCUGAGGGAGGUUGAGAAAAUGAUGGUGAACCCCUAGCAUGUUCUGGAGUCCCAACCCGGGGUGCGUUUCCUCUCCGGAGGACUGUCUCUCUUGCACCUCGUGCUGCUCUCCAGUAGCAGAGACCCCGUUCCUGAAGUGUCGAGAGUGAGAUUGAAGAAGCCACGGCAUGAAGCACAGCACUUCCAUGACCCCUCUGAUCGCUUGGUCCCAGGGGAUUCCACCACUGCCAGUUGUCCCAGUGCCAGCCCAGAGAGGGCAAGGGGGAGCUGAGCAGUGAACAGGAUGGCCCCCGGGGUCGAUUGCCCCAUGGAGCUCUGGUCCAAGGAGGAAAACCAGGUGCUGGUGGAUUUCCUGCUGCCCACUGGAGUCUACCUGAACUUUCCCGUCUCCCGCAAUGCCAACCUCAGCAGCAUCAAGGAGAUCCUGUGGCGCCAAGCGAAGCGUGAGCCGCUGUUCCACAUGCUCAGCGACCCCGAGGCCUAUGUCUUCACCUGCAUCAACCAGACGGCGGAGCAGCAGGAGCUGGAGGACGAGCAGCGGCGGCUCUGUGACAUCCAGCCCUUCCUGCCCUUCUUGCGCCUGGUGGCCCGGGAGGGCGACCGCGCCAAAAAGCUCAUUAACUCCCAGAUCAGCCUCCUCAUUGGCAAAGGCCUACACGAGUUUGACUCCCUCCGUGACCCGGAAGUGAAUGAUUUCCGCUCCAAGAUGCGUCAGUUCUGCGAGGAGACGGCAGCCCAGCGGCAACAGCUGGAUUGGGAGGCCUGGAUGCGGUACAACUUCCCCCUACAGCUGGAGCCCCUGGCCAUGGCCCGGACUUCCGGAACCUCGUUCCUCUCCAAGACCAUCUUGGUCGUCAUCAAGUUCGAGGGCAGCGAGGAGAGCUUCACCCUCCAGGUGUCCCUCAGGGACGUCCCUCUGGCGCUGAUAGCCGUCGCCCUCAAGAAGAAGGCCACAGUCUUCCGUCCGCCGGCCCUGGAGCGACCCGAGGAGUACACCCUACAGGUGAACGGGAAGUACGAGUACCUGUAUGGGAACUACCCCCUCUACCAGUUCCAGUAUGUCUGCAGCUGCCUGCACGAGGGAUAUACCCCUCACCUGACCAUGGUUCACUCCUCCUCCAUCCUCGCCAUGCGGGACGAGCAGAGCCAUGGCUCUGCCCAGGGCCCCAAGCUCCGCCCCAAGCCGCCCCCCAUCCCCUUGAAGAAGCCGGCCUCAGUGGCCCUCUGGUCCCUGGAGCAGCCGUUCUGGGUGGAGCUGGUCCAGGGCAGCAAGGUGAACGCGGACGAGAGGAUGAAGCUGGUGGUCCAGGCCGGCCUCUUCCAUGGGAAUGAAAUGCUGUGUAAGAUGGUGUCGAGCUCGGAGGUGAAUGUGUGCUCGGAGCCCGUGUGGAAGCAGAGGCUGGAGUUCGACAUCAACGUCUGCGACCUGCCGCGCAUGGCGCGGCUCUGCUUCGCCCUCUACGCCGUCAUCGAGAAGGCCAAGAAGGCCCGCUCCACCAAAAAGAAGUCCAAGAAGGCCGACUGCCCCAUCGCUUGGGCCAACAUCAUGCUGUUCGACUACAAGGACCAGCUGAAGUCGGGGGAGUGCUGUCUGUACAUGUGGUCCUCUGUGCCGGAUGAGAAGGGAGAGUUACUGAACCCCACGGGCACUGUGAGGAGUAACCCCAACACCGAGAGCGCGGCCGCUCUCGUCAUCUGCAUCCCCGAGGUGGCUCCGCAUCCCGUCUACUACCCAGCCCUGGAAAGGGUGAGCGGGGGUGAUUGUGAGGAGAUCCUGGAGCUGGGGAAGAACGGGGAGCACGCUCGGUCCACCGAGGAGGAGCAGCAGCAGUUGAAGGAGAUCCUGGACCGGAAGCUGUCCGGGGAGCUGUACGAGCAUGAAAAGGACCUGGUGUGGAAGAUGCGGCAUGAGAUCCAGGAGCAGUUUCCCGAGGCGCUGGCCCGCCUGCUGCUGGUCACCAAAUGGAACAAGCAUGAGGACGUGGCCCAGAUGCUCUUCCUGCUCCGCUCUUGGCCUGAGUUGCCAGUCCUGAGUGCCCUGGAGCUGCUGGAUUUCAGCUUCCCAGACCGCCACGUGGGCUCUUUCGCCAUCAAGUCCCUGCGGAAACUUACGGACGAUGAGCUGUUCCAGUACCUGCUGCAGCUGGUGCAGGUGCUCAAGUACGAGUCGUACCUGGACUGCGAGCUGACCAAGUUCCUCCUGGACCGGGCCUUGACCAACCGCAAGAUCGGCCACUUCCUCUUCUGGCAUCUCCGGUCGGAGAUGCACGUCCCAUCGGUGGCCCUGCGCUUCGGGCUCAUCAUGGAGGCGUACUGCCGCGGCAGCAACCACCACAUGAAGGUGCUGAUGAAGCAGGGUGAGGCGCUCAACAAAAUGAAAUCGCUGAACGACUACGUCAAAGUGAGCUCCCAGAAGACCCCCAAGCCCCAGGCCAAGGAGCUGAUGCACACGUGCAUGCGGCAAGAGACGUUCUUGGAGGCGCUUUCCAACCUGCAAUCCCCACUCAACCCCAGUACCUUACUGGCUGACGUCUGCGUGGAGCAGUGCACCUUCAUGGACUCUAAGAUGAAGCCCCUGUGGAUUGUAUACAGUAACGAGGAGGUGACAGGGAGCAGCAGCGUGGGCAUCAUCUUUAAGAACGGCGAUGACCUCCGGCAGGACAUGCUGACCCUGCAGAUGAUCCAGCUGAUGGACGUGUUGUGGAAGCAAGAGGGGCUGGAUCUGAGGAUGACACCCUAUGGCUGCCUCUCCACGGGUGACCGGACGGGGCUCAUCGAAGUGGUGCUGCGCUCGGAUACCAUCGCCAACAUCCAGCUCAACAAGAGCAACAUGGCCGCCACAGCCGCCUUCAACAAAGACGCACUGCUCAACUGGCUCAAGUCCAAGAACCCAGGGGAUGCUCUGGAGCGUGCCAUUGAGGAGUUCACACUUUCCUGUGCCGGCUAUUGUGUGGCCACCUACGUGCUGGGCAUCGGGGACCGGCACAGCGACAACAUCAUGAUCCGGGAGACCGGGCAGCUGUUCCACAUUGAUUUUGGCCACUUCCUGGGGAAUUUCAAGACCAAGUUUGGAAUCAACCGGGAGCGUGUCCCCUUCAUCCUCACCUACGACUUUGUGCACGUGAUCCAGCAGGGGAGGACCAACAACAGCGAGAAGUUUGAAAGGUUCCGCGGUUACUGCGAACGGGCCUAUACCAUCCUGCGCCGCCACGGCCUGCUCUUCCUCCACCUCUUUGCGCUGAUGCGGGCGGCCGGCCUGCCCGAGCUCAGCUGCUCCAAGGACAUACAGUAUCUCAAGGACUCCUUGGCUUUGGGAAAGACGGACGACGAGGCACUGAAGCACUUCCGAGUGAAGUUCAACGAAGCGCUGCGGGAGAGCUGGAAAACCAAAGUGAACUGGUUGGCCCACAACGUCUCCAAAGACAACAGGCAGUAGCAGACCCCGUCCCCGACCCCAGCACGGCCACCGUUCCCGGUAAACAGCCCCGACCUCCUUCCUCCCGGAUACGGCCGAGGCCCUGCCCCCCGCCCGCAGGGGCGUGGGACCCCCCGGCCGUGGCCGUGGGAGCGGAGCAGGGGGCGCGGGGCGAGGAACCUACCCAGUUGCUGUUUGUUUACACUGAAAAGAAAUCCCUGCAGUUAUUUAUUUAUGACCCGGACUCCUAAGGGCCAAAGACCAGCUGCCCCCGGCGACGUCUCGACGGGGCCACACGCAGGUGGAGGCUGGAAGCAGCAUCGCCGGGCAGGAGAGGGAAGCCGCUGCCUGGCCCUGAGGGGGGAAGGGGCGGGGGAGCAUGGCGGUGGCGGCGUGAGAACCACCGCAGGCUGCUGCUGUGAGCAAGGACCGCGGGGCUUUCGCCCCGCGACACUCGAGUCUUCCCGGAGGCCGAUCCUGGGAACGUCGGCGACGGCUCCAUCCUGGGCUCCGGUGGCGCCGCCUGCCGCCUCACCGCCCUCAGGGUCUCCUCCCUCUCCCCGUCCCCCACUUCCCCAACACCCCCGAGACCUGGCCAGCGUCUCUGCCGGGGCUCUUCGGUGGCAGGGUGGAAAGGGGCAGGCACCCUCUCCACCCCCCGCUGCACAUGUGCACUAUCUGGUAGCUGCUAGUACCUAGGCCAAGCCUGGGGGCUCUCACUGUGCAUUCAGGGAUGCCUGUUGGGGCUCUCCCCUGCCCACCCAACCCCACCUCUCAGCUGUGGGCAGGACGUUCCGCUGCCCGAGUUCAGCAUCGCCGAGCUCUCCGGCCGCGGGUGGCCGGGACAAGCCCGUUCCCCUGGCCCCCCUCGAGCUGCCCGCGACCCUGGGACUGCUGUGGUUUUGUGCUUUGAACCUUGGAGUGGAGGGGGCUUCUGGCCCCCACCUCCGCCAGCGGGACCAGUCGGCCCGGCCGCGCCGUCUACCGGCUCGGCUGCGGUUUUGUUCCACUUUAUGUGCAGCCCGGGGGCUGGGAGAAAAACCUGUCCAAGUGAAACUUUGGCCUCGGGGCAGGUUCCCUCCAGAGCAAAGGUUGACCUCGAAGCUGGGCGGAGCGGGCACGACCCCCCCGCCUUCUUCCUGCCGCCGCCACAGUCGGGUCGUCAUUCACCCACCCCACGACUUCGUUUGGAAGUUUUCUUUCCAAACAGUUCCCUGAGCCAUUAGGACUUCCUGCUUGGGACAGAGAAAGAAGGAAAGGGGAAAUUGUGGAAUCUUCCCCUGGAGGAAGGAAAAGCAGGUGGCAGCCGACUAGACUCUUUCAAGCUUCCGGGACUGAUGCCGAGGAGCUGGCCUGAGCCCUGCGGUCCAGGGGACGGGGGCUUGGAGAACGGCCGCUGUCUGCUUGGGGGGGGCCGAGGGUUUUCGGGACAGAAGAGCGGAGGACGAAGGGCCGUGGGGACGGUUUUAGGUUAAGGCAGCUGCUUCCUGUUUUGCGAUCCGUCGCUCACAGAUCGGCUCCGGAUCCACCUUCCGUCCCUCUCGUCCCAAGCCCAGCCGGAGUGCACUUUCGUUCCAAAAUCAGUACAAAAACUAAGCCCCAUCUAGCUCACCUGGUUUCAAAUAGGAAAAGCCAAGACUACAACUUUAUUUAUUUAAACGGGUUCGUGUGCUCCCUGGCUCUGGGCUGCACCCCUUUGCACAUACACAAAGCAGUUCUCGGUUGGAGUGUACAGACUGUAUGUGCCUAGUUUGAAGAAAUACUUUCUAUUUUUUUAAAUCAUUUCAUAUUUCUGUAAGUAGAGGGAGUGUUGUGUGUAACUGUGACUGUGGGUCAGGACAAAAGAUCUGGGAAGUCUUAGAAUGGAAUGUGGCAGCAGAUUUUUUAAAAUAAAGUCUUUUUAUGUCA